GUCAAAACAUCGCAACCAACCAGCGGCUCCGGACAGUUUUCUGGGGCCCCAUGAGUCUGAGGAAGGAGAGGCUCCGCUGUGUCAGGGACCCCCGCUGCUUUCCCUCCCCAGCCUCAUGGCUCUGUUCCCCGGCCGCGUGCCGCCGGCUCUGAGCCUCUCCGGACCCCCGCUGAUCUACCUGUACGGAGGGGACAGCGCGCUGAGCCUGGUGCCGGGCCCCCAGGAGCCCCCUCAGAAGCCCCCCUACAGCUACAUCGCGCUCAUCGCCAUGGCGAUCAGGAGCGCGCCCGGGCAGCGCGCCACCCUCAGCGGGAUCUACCAGUUCAUCAUGGAGCGGUUCCCCUUCUACCAGGACAACAAGCAGGGCUGGCAGAACUCCAUCCGCCACAACCUGUCCCUGAACGACUGCUUCAUCAAGCUGCCCCGGGAGAAGGGCCGGCCCGGCAAGGGCAGCUACUGGACCCUGGACUCCAGCUGCCUGGACAUGUUCGAGAACGGCAACUACCGCCGCAGGAAGCGGAGGGCCAGGGGCCAGCAGGACGCCAAAGAGCAGGGGCCGAGGCGCGCCAAGGGCCCGGCGCCAUCCAAGGACGCGAAGCGCACAGAGCCGGAACCAGAACCGGUUCUCUUCAAGUUCAGCCAGCAGGUUCAUCCCACACAGAGGCAGCAGGUUUCCCCGAGCAGAGACCCCCCCGAUGGCCCCCACCGGGCCGAGCCCUCCCAGCAGGCCCCCAGAGGAGGCCCGCAGAGGACGGAGCGGUCCAAAGGCUUCACCAUAGACAGCAUCUUAUCCAAAGACCCGGAGCAGGCGCGCCACCGCGCCCCGGAUGUUUCAGCGGAGGGUCUGUGGGCGUCCCCGCUCCUGGGCGCGCGCCCCCAUCCGCUGGUCCAGGUGGGGUUCCCGCUCUGCUCCUACCUGUCCCUCACGUGCUCGGACCCAGCGGUGCGCUUUAAAUGAAGGGAUCAUCAUCAUCAUCAUCAUCAUUGCCAUCAUCUAUAUUGUUCAGACAGGACAGCAAACCAACAGGAUGGAGUUUUAAUUCAUCUGAACCUGUUACUGUUUAAUGUUUGACUUUUUGCUUCCUUUGUUGACGCAGCAAAAAAAAAAAAAAAAAAAAAGUUAAUUGUAAAUAUUUGUAAGUUAUGGUGACAGGGCAUGGCUUUGCCAAACAAGGUGAGGAUAAAUCCUACUGUAACCAAAUCAUAUAGAGUGGUUCGCUCUGCCUUUGAAUAAAGUUCAGGUAGAAAUCAUGUGGGGCUGAUAUCCUCUUUUAUUUUAUAUGAUUUAUGAAGGCAGGAUCCAACCCUGAAUGUCUUUACUGCUUGUUUGCAGCAAACUGCAGGAAUCUCAGAGAAGUUCUGCAGACUCAGGUGUUCAUGAAGCAUCAGAGACUGAAGAUGCUGCAGAGAAGCUACAGCAGAGGCAACUAGAGACACAUCAGGAAGCAGAAAUAAAUCCUGCAUUUGAAAGUAGAUCCACUCCCUCUACUUCAAAAUUACAGCAUUUUACUAAAUACCUGUAAAACAAUUUUUUACUUUCAGCUUUGAUUUUAUGAGAAACCUAAAAACAUUCCCUUCUUUUAAAUGGUUAUUUAAAUAACCAACCAAACUGAAAGUGUCUCUAUUUUCUGUUUCUCUAUGUUUUGUAAUUGACAUGCAGCCAGAGGUCGGCGCCGGCCCACCUGGACCGGGUCGGGCUGCACUCACCCUUUUAUUUUGUCCAUUUUUCUUUCAUAAUCAACCGGAGAAAAAAAUCA